AUGAAUAAAGAUGGAGGAGAAACUACUGCCAAAAGACUCGAUCAACAGAAGGUUACACUCUAUAAACUCUUCUCAUUUGCAGACCAAAGUGAUGUGGUGUUGAUGACUGUUGGGACCAUAAGUGGCAUGGCAAAUGGGUGCUCCAGGCCGCUCAUGACAGUCAUGUUGGGCAAAACCAUCAAUAAAUUUGGAUCCACCGAUCAAUCCCAGAUUGUCCAUGAACUAUCAAAGAUAUGUUUAGUGCUUUUGUACCUUGCGGUUGCAUCUGGCAUAGCGGGGUUUCUACGCUGUAAUCGAUACUCAACACUUAUUAAUACGUCUGAAUACUUCACAGAAACUUCAAGUUGGAUGGUGACUGGAGCAAGACAGGCCAACCGCAUCCGAAGUUUAUACUUGGAUACGAUACUAAGACAGGACAUUGGAUUCUUUGACACUGAAACAACAACCGGAGAGGUCAUUGGGAGGAUGUCUGGGGAUACUAUUCUCAUUCAAGAUGCAAUGGGUGAAAAGGUUGGGAAGUUCAUACAACUCGUGUCAAAUUUUAUCGGUGCCUUCGUAUUUGCCUUCAUAAUAGGAUGGCGUCUCACCCUAGUCUUGCUUCCAACUGUUCCUCUUAUUAUCAUUGCCGGAGCAGCCAUGGCCGCCGUGAUAUCAAAAAUGUCAAGUUAUGGACAAGUUGCUUAUGCGGAAGCUGGAAAUGUAGUGGAACAAACAAUAGGAGCGAUCAGAACUGUGGCCGCCUUCACCGGAGAGAAGCAUGCCAUGGAAAAAUAUAAUAGGAGGCUCAAAGUUGCUUACGCUGCUACUGUUAAGCAAGGGCUAGCCUCAGGCUUUGGAGUUGGAGUGGCUCUACUAAUUGUCUUCCUCAGCUAUGCACUUGCCAUAUGGUAUGGGUCCAAAUUGAUCAUUGAGAAAGGAUACGAUGGUGGAAAAAUCGUGAAUGUCCUGUUCUGUGUCAUUGGUGGAGGAAUGGCAUUGGGCCAGGCAUCCCCAUGUCUGAGUGCUUUUGGAGCAGGGCAGGCUGCAGCAUACAAGAUGUUUGAGACGAUCAAACGAAAACCAAAAAUCAACGCCUAUGAUACUAAUGGGGUUGUAUUGGAAGAAAUCAUGGGAGAAAUUGAACUCAAAGAUGUCUACUUUAAAUACCCUGCGAGGCCAGAAGUGCAGAUAUUUUCUGGUUUCUCAUUAAACAUUCCAAGUGGGACAACUGCGGCUUUAGUCGGGCAGAGUGGAAGUGGAAAGUCGACAGUGAUCAGUCUGUUGGAAAGAUUCUAUGAUCCCGAAGCUGGUGAAGUACUCAUAGAUGGUGUCAAUCUAAAGAAAAUAAAUCUCAGAUGGAUCAGGGGGAAGAUUGGGCUUGUCAGUCAGGAACCUAUCUUGUUUGCAGCUACUAUAAAGGAAAACAUAUCCUAUGGAAAGGAAAAAGCAACUGACGAGGAGAUUAGAACAGCAAUUAAGCUUGCUAAUGCUGCAAAAUUCAUUGACAAGAUGCCCACGGGACUUGACACAAUGGUGGGUGAGCAUGGAACUCAGCUAUCUGGGGGACAGAAGCAAAGAAUUGCAAUUGCAAGAGCCAUUUUGAAGAACCCAAGAAUCCUUCUUCUUGAUGAAGCAACAAGUGCACUGGAUGCUGAGUCUGAACGCAUUGUCCAAGAUGCACUACAGAACAUCAUGGUGAAUCGAACCACUGUAAUCGUGGCUCAUCGGUUGACAACGAUUAGGAAUGCUGACAAUAUAGCAGUGGUGCAUCAGGGGAAAAUUGUGGAGCAAGGAACUCACAUGGAGUUGAUCAGAGAUCCUGAUGGGGCUUACUCCCAGCUAGUUCGCCUCCAAGAAGGACACAAUCAGGUUGAAGAUGCCCAAUCAAGGGUAAGUAAGAGCUCUGCAAGAGACAAUGCCAGACGCAGUUCAAGAAGCCGUAGUUUGUCUUCUCAGAUAUCCAUAAUUAGUAGAGAUUCACCAAGUGUCCACCAUUCUUAUUCACUUAGCUCUGGCAUUCCUGAUCCAACUGGUAUCAUUGAAAUGGAAUUUGGUGGGAAGGAGAGCAGUACUACACAAGGUGAAGCAGAAAACAGGAAGAGACGCAAAGUUUCACUCAUACGACUCGCCUACCUCAACAAGCCUGAAACGCCAGUUUUGCUACUUGGCUCCAUUGCUGCAGGUUUCCAUGGUAUAAUCUACCCAGUAUUUGGCCUCCUGAUCUCAACAGCCAUUAAGAUCUUCUAUGAGCCUCCGAAUGAGCUAAAAAAGGAUUCCAGGGUUUGGGCAUUCAUGUUUAUCGGUCUAGGUGUCCUGGCUUUUAUAGCUCUUCCUUUGCAGAAUUACUUAUUCGGAAUUGCAGGUGGAAAAUUGAUACAACGAAUUUGUUCCUUAUCUUUUGAGAAGGUUGUGCAUCAGGAAAUCAGUUGGUUUGAUGACCCAGCAAAUUCAAGUGGUUCAGUGGGUGCAAGGUUAUCCACAGAUGCUUCAACAGUCCGCAGUCUAGUGGGUGAUACAUUAGCCCUGGUUGUCCAGAACCUGGUGACAGUCGCAGCAGGACUUGUCAUAUCAUUCACAGCUAACUGGAUAUUAGCACUAAUAAUAUUAGCUGUGUUACCCUUAAUGGGUUUUCAAGGAUACCUACAAACAAGGUUCCUAAAGGGUUUCAGUGCAGACGCAAAGGUGAUGUAUGAAGAAGCAAGUCAAGUUGCAAAUGAUGCAGUUAGCAGCAUCAGAACGGUUGCAUCAUUUUGUGCUGAGAAGAAGGUGAUGGAGAUGUAUCAACAAAAAUGUGAAGGCCCAAUGAAGCAUGGAGUUCGAUUGGGACUUGUAAGUGGCGCAGGUUUAGGCUUUUCUUUCUUUUCAACCUACUGCACAAAUGCCUUCUGUUUCUACAUCGGAGCUGUUCUUGUGCAACAUGGGAAAGCAACUUUCUCAGAAGUCUUCAAGGUUUACUUUGCUUUGACAUUUUUGGCAUUAGCGAUUUCUGAAGCUACUGCCAUGGCUCCAGACACCAACAAAGCCAAGGAUUCAACUGCUUCUAUCUUUGAACUUCUCGACAGCAAGCCCAAAAUUGAUUCAAGCAGCAAUGAGGGCACGACCUUGUCGAUUGUGAAGGGCGACAUUGAGUUACAAAAUGUCAGCUUUAGAUAUUCAACAAGGCCAGACGUUCAAAUUUUCAGGGACUUGUGCUUGAGCAUCCCCUCUGGAAAGACUGUUGCUCUAGUUGGAGAGAGUGGUAGUGGAAAGUCGACAGUAAUCAGCCUACUAGAGAGAUUCUACAAUCCUGAUUCCGGUCAUAUAUUACUGGAUGGAAUGGAAAUCCAAAAGUUCAAACUAAGCUGGCUGAGACAGCAAAUGGGGUUGGUAAAUCAAGAGCCUGCACUCUUCAAUGAAACAAUCCGCGCAAACAUAGCAUAUGGAAAACAGGGAGAAGCUGCUGAGGAGGAGAUCAUUGCAGCCACAAGAGCAGCCAAUGCCCACAACUUCAUAUCUGCAUUACCCCAAGGCUAUGACACCUCAGUUGGGGAACGGGGACUGCAAUUGUCAGGCGGGCAGAAGCAGCGAAUAGCCAUUGCAAGGGCAAUACUGAAGGACCCAAGGAUCCUUCUUCUAGAUGAGGCAACCAGUGCCCUCGAUGCGGAGUCGGAGCGUGUGGUACAAGAUGCCUUGGAUAGAGUCAUGGUUGACAGAACAACUGUGGUUGUGGCUCACCGCCUUACCACCAUUAAAGGAGCUGAUGUAAUUGCAGUAGUGAAGAAUGGUGAGAUUGCAGAAAAGGGAACACAUGACGUACUGAUGGACAUAAGGCAUGGGGCCUAUGCGUCUCUGGUAGCACUUCACAUGGCUUCCUCAACUUGA